AUCGUUCUUCUUCUUCUCCAGAGCACCUACGAAAGCAAAAUCACACAGCUGAAUCCGUUGAACAAAUCCAGAGAGAAAAAAAGAAAAAAAAAUGCAAGUCUUCUCUUCAUCUCCUUCAACCACAAGCUUCAAUCUGUUCUCUUCAUCUCAAAAUCCGAACAAUCUCUCGAAAUACAGAUGCAAAAAUUUGAUUAUAUCUCUCCAUUUCGCUCCGAGUUCCCUCUCCGUUUGCUGUUCUUCGAGGGAGUCCUCGACGGCGGUUCUCUCCUCCGAUCUUUCGUUGGACGGCGAGAACAGAGAGGCGUCGGAGGAGGUUCUUAGAGUUCGGCGGCCGGUAAUGGAGUUUACCGGUGAAGAUUCCGGCGACGGCGAGGAGGCGGAAGAUGAGAGGAGUUCUUCGGUGAUAGAACUAGGGCUAGCGGAGAUUGCGAAGAAGAUGCCGAUAUUUGAACCGGAGAAUCGGGUGGAUUCGAGUGCCCUAGAAAGGCCGCUGAUUAUCAAUUUGGAUUUGGCGUUGUACAAAGCGAAGAUGAUGGCGAGGAAUUUUCUGUAUGAUGAAGCACGGCAAGUCCUUCAGAAGUGUAUAGAUAAAUGGCCGGAGGAUGGGCGGGCAUACGUAGCAUUGGGGAAGAUGUUGAGCAAGCAAAUGAAAGCCGCCGACGCCAGAGCUGUGUAUGAGAGAGGCUGCCAAGCCACCCAAGGCGAGAACUCCUACAUUUGGCAGUGCUGGGCUGUUCUGGAGAGCAGGAUGGGGAAUAUCAGGAAAGCAAGAGAGCUCUUUGAUGCAGCCACAGUAGCCAACAAGAAGCACAUUGCCGCAUGGCAUGGCUGGGCUGUGCUAGAGCUAAAGCAGGGGAACCUCAAGAAGGCCAGGAAUCUACUAGCCAAAGGCCUCAAAUACUGUGGUGGGAAUGAGUAUAUCUAUCAAACACUCGCCCUGCUCGAAGCCAAAUCGAAUCGCUACGAGCAAGCGCGUUAUUUGUUUAAGCAGGCUACCAAGUGCAACCCCAAAAGCUGUGCUAGUUGGCUUGCAUGGGCGCAGCUGGAGAUGCAGCGGGAGAACAAUCUUCUUGCUAGACAACUGUUUGAGAAAGCCAUCCAGGCGAGCCCCAAGAACAGAUUUGCGUGGCACAUAUGGGGGCUCUUUGAAGCUAAUAUAGGAAAUAUCGAGAAGGGAAGGAAACUUUUAAAGAUAGGCCAUGUCCUAAAUCCAAGAGACCCUGUUCUUCUUCAGUCUCUUGGUUUAUUAGAGUAUAAGAACUCCUCUGCAAGCAUGGCUCGAGUUUUGUUUAGGAGAGCAUCUGAACUGGACCCCAAGCACCAACCAGUGUGGAUUGCUUGGGGAUGGAUGGAAUGGAAAGAAGGUAACAUAGGGAAAGCAAGGGAGCUGUAUCAAAGAGCAUUGUUGAUUGACUCAGCUAGUGAGAGUGCAGCUCGAUGCCUUCAGGCUUGGGGUGUUCUAGAACAGAGAGCAGGCAACCUAUCAGCAGCUAGAAGAUUAUAUAGAUCCUCUCUAAGCAUAAACUCUCAGAGUUAUGUAACAUGGAUGACCUGGGCAGCACUGGAAGAUGAUCAAGGGAACGCAAUCCGAGCGGAGGAAAUUCGAAAUCUAUACUUCCAGCAGAGAACAGAAGUUGUGGACGAUGCUUCGUGGGUUAUGGGGAUCUUAGACGUUAUUGACCCAGCACUUGAUAGCAUAAAGAGGCUGUUGAAGCUGGAGCAAGACCCCUUCGCCAUGUCAAGAGUAGCAGAUGGAGGCGCUAGAAGCAGCUCUUUAGACGACUCAGCUGCCUCCUCUAGUGUGGCUGACAGUGAAACUGGGUUUGAUUUGGAUGCCUUUAUGAUGAAAAAGUUGUCGAUAGACACGUCGAAACUCGAAAUUCAACUCGAAACAGCUCAACCCAAAAGAUUUAAGUAUCAAAGAAGUCAAAUGAGAUCAGAAAACAGACCAGAGAUGGCUGUUCCACAGAGCCAAAGAACAGCAUCUUCAUCUACUUGAGGAUCGAUCUUAUAGUUCAUUCCAGAGAAAACAAGGUUCUUAAUGGAACAAAUGUUUUGUAAGUCUAAGCUUCCCUCAUUCAUAAAGUUGUUAUUAUAGCUGCAAGGAUCAAGGAAGAAAACACUUCUUUGAUGGAGUUCUACAUGUCUAAAAGAAGCCAUAAUGUAAAUAACUUUGUAAGUUUAUAAUUCUUGAUGAUGUCUG